AUGGUCACGCUGGCUCCGGUUUUUCAGAAAGGACGGGGCCGAGCGAACGGGGACCAGCGAACACGGACGCUGGCGAACGGGGACCUGGCGAGCAGGGGCCGGCCAACGGUGACGGGCGAGCACGGACGCUGGCUCGCACUCUUGGCUGGCGUGUUCUUCACGGGCAUGACCCUGAUGGAGAUCGUCCUGGAGGGGGCGACGCGCCGCUUCUCCCACGCGGAGACCGUCGGCCUGCUCCUCACGCUGGCCCAGUUCUCGGGGUGCACGGUGCUGGCGGUGCUGGGCGGCGGCGCCAGCGGUGCCGUGCAGGGCCCGGCGGCCCCCGAGGGCCCAGCGGCAGCGGCCCGCGGCUGGCUGCCGUUCGUGGGCCUGUCCUGCCUGGUCUGGUGCGGGACCGGGCUGGCGAACGUGGCCGUGUCCUGGGUGCAGUACCCUGUGAAGGUGGUCUUCAAGUCCUCGAAACUGAUACCGACCAUGGGCGUCUCGGUGCUGAUGGGCAACAGUCGCACCUUCGGCGCCCUGGAUUACCUCGCGGCUGUCCUCCUCUGUGCCGGUGCAGCGGGCUUCUCUUUCCACGCAGGCAAGAUUGGCGAGUCAUCCCAGCUGGUGUUGCUCGGCAUCGCUCUGCUGACGUGCACCAUGUUCUGCGACGCCGUCAGCGCGAACGCCCAGCAGAGGCUCAUGCAGAGGACUGGGGUGCCGCCGAUGGUCAUGAUGUUGCGGCUGAACCUCUGCGGGGUGCUGGUCCAGAGAGACUGGAACCAUCCUCUGGCCCUGCGCUGGUUCACGCGAUUCUCUGACUGGGGGAAGCGGGUGGUAG